UGCGCGCGCUGGACUGGCGCUGCGGCUGGGGCGCCGCCCACUUCCGCGGCUGUCUGCGCAGCUUUGACACGCUUGUGAACCACCACCCGGACAUCCGGGACCUGUUGAGAGAUAAGACAGUAGUGUUCGGCUCCGAGUCGGGCGUCAGCCUGGACGGCCACCUUAUCCUCAACAGCGGCGAGGUCAUCACCAACUGGAUCAACGUCAUCCGCCGCUGCGCCGACGACAAGCUCUACCUGCAGAAGAUCCCUCACCUGCAGCGCGCGCUCUCCCGUCACCUGCGCGACAUCCGGGUGGUGCACAGAAAAUUCCAGCCGAUCACGAUGGUGACGAGCUACGAGCAGCAGCUGCGGCGCAUGGUGACCAGCAUGGGCGACUUCUGGGGCCGGCACGGCUACCCGCGUGCCUGGCCGAACCGCCUCAGUCACCUGCAGCUGGUGGUCGAGUCUGAGUCGGGGCCGCUGUUCCUGUCGCCCACCGGCCAGAUCAUCGCGCCUUCCUCGUGCCCGCCCUCCCUGCUGGUUCGCUACAUCACUGACUGCAUGGUGGAGGCGGCCGAGAAACUGGACGAGUACGCGCGCCUGUCGCGCGAGGAGACGCGCGUGACGGCCGAGUGCGCGGCGGCGCUGGGCCUGCGCCGGCUGGACAAGCAGGACAACAUCACACCGGCGCUGAUGCUGGCGUGCUGCCGCCGCCUGCUGGCGCACCGGCACCGGCUGGCGCCGCACGUGCGCGACUGGCACCUGACGGUGGCGCAGUACUACGCCGUGGACAGCGACGGCGCCUGCUGCCUGCCCUGGGACUGGAAGGACUGACGGAUCGGUGGUGCCUGCCGGCCCGGGGGGACAGUGAGGCGCCUCUCGCGGGGGGUGACCGAGAGAAGAGGGACCGGUGGGUGGGGUGUGCGUGAGAGAGGCCGGGUCAUCUCUGGACCGGCCUGUCGCUGUGGGGCGGAUGCUCCGGCGUGAGCCACGACCCGCGGGACUGACCAGUCGCUGGUGCCGCGGGACUGACCAGUCGCGGGAGGACUGGACUGCAGGGACUGGGAGAUGUCGCGUGCCGAAUGGAGUGGGGUGGAAUGCGCCUCAGCCUCCCUAGCUGCUCACUGGGACUAAUCACACAAACUUGCCGGGCGUGUGCGGACGGAGAGAUGCUGGGCGCUCUGGCAGACCAUCCACGAGACGAAGUGCGUGGCGUGGCAGUGGGAACUCAGCCCCCAUGUGGGUCAAAAACAUGAUAGACGCGUGUCAUGCCCCGGCCCCAGUUUCAUACGAACGGACCAAGUCCUUUCACUUUCUUGGCACGCACUGGCAGCGCUCUGGGCUGGCGUCCGAGCUCCGAACUAAUCGUCCCGGAUGUGUCCGUACGGCGGUGCUGCUGUCGUCAGGCCGACCCCGGCCAGGGCCAGGCACCGGCCUCUGGGAGGGGACCGAGCGCGGCGGCGGACGCUCUGGUAACGGGUGUAGGGACUGGAGCGGCCCCCGUCACGACAUAGGUGUUAUGGCCUCUGAGCCUCUGACGGCCAGGGUAACUCAGGGAUGGAGCGUGGGAGAGCAUGCCACUUCCGCAUGCUCCCGCAUUACGGUUGGUGUGAUCGGGUGCGCACUGGGUAUGCACGCGGUUGUGCCGAGUGAUUUGCAUUGGCUGACUGAGAUGCUGGAUACAGUACCCUUUGGGCUUGUCACAAUCCAGUGGUGAUGUAAUCGCAACCAAGUGGCAAGCAUGACUUUCCAAAUGGUCAGUUAUCGGCGGUGUUUUGAUCGUGCACGGCGCUUAGUCAUGGAAGCGGCGCCUCGCGAGUGGUUUGUAAAACUGUCUGUGGCUCAAUAUUGCUGCUUCUGACAAGAAAGUCGUCACAGAAAAUGGUCUUCAUUAUCCAUUCGCAGCUCGUUGUACGUCUGAAGGAGUUUAAGAACCGUUCCAUUGUCCCUGUAUAGGCAAAUGAGACAGAACGUGCCCGUGUUUCUUCCCAUGUCUCCUGUCUCAACAGGUUCAUGCCAUAUCAUGCCACUGGAAUGUCCAGAUUUUCCCUGCUCACGUUUGCUGUGUGGAUAGGUGAAGGCGGUCGUCGUAGCGUGGCGUUCGUAAUCGAAAACACUUACGUUUGUGGCUUCUUAAUUUUCAGGAGCAAAACUUGACAUCAAGUACCCGACUGAAGUUUUAUGCGUGAACAAUCACAACACGCUUGCUGGAGCGGUCUACCAAUGGUGCCGUCAUUGUAUUGGUCCUACACUGGUGUGUGCGUCAGGCAGUCGCAUGGCACACACGGUAGCGGAAGCAUUUGGCGGAACGGACUGUCCCUUGCAGGUUCUGGCCAGUUUUGGUGUAUGCAAUCACUUUUGGGCCGUCGUUUGCAAGCGCGCGCCGGCCGCUGUCGCACUGGACCAGACGCCAACCACAGCGAAGGGGCAAUUUUUCACCUCACUGGCUCAGGAAAUGCACGUGUCAGCUAACUGUUUGGGCCAAUGACACUAGCUGGGACUGGCCCGAUCGUGGGUGAUUCUGAUGUGGAGUCACAGUAUUCUGCCGUGCAAAUGUAAAACUGUUUGGGCCAGUGACACUAGCUGGGACUGGCCCGAUCGUGGGUGAUUCUGAUGUGGAGUCACAAUAUUCUGCCGUGCAAAUGUAAAACUGUUUGGGCCAGUGACACUAGCUGGGACUGGCCCGAUCGUGGGUGAUUCUGAUGUGGAGUCACAGUAUUCUGCCGUGCAAAUGUAAAACUGUUUUGGCCAGUGACACUAGCUGGGACUGGCCCGAUCGUGGAUGAUUCUGAUGUGGAGUCACAAUAUUCUGCCGUGCAAAUGUAAAACUACGUAUGCCUCGUUUUCUCGCAAACUGAAAAUGUUAAGGUUUCUGUUCAGUGCGAUAACUCACGUCGCAGGUCUCGCAUCGAUUCAAAAAUGAUACCAUCGGAAUCUCCUGUGCAUACCGCAUUGAAUGGAGCUUUUCUCUUAUAGCACUGCGCAGCACAUUUUCUACAGUUCACAAACGUUUUUUUACCAGGGCGAAAUUUGUCCAACCAAAUUUGUUUAUGCAAAGGUAAAAACACGUGUGUCACUCGUGAGCAUGGUCAAAGCACGUUUGUCGCGUUUUGCUGAGCCGAGGACCGUAGAGAAAAACCCGUAGGUCACUAGCGGAUGACAUACGUGUUUUUGCCGCCAAUAGAUACACACUGUGUAUCCCUAUGCAAGCACCUUGUCAUGCAGAGCGAACCAUUCAUAGUGUGGCCCUCGCUGCGCGUUCCUCACCAGUUUUGCAUGACUCGCCGUGUAUGACACGUCAGUUUUCACAUACGAAACACCAGUUUGCACGACUCAAAACCAUGUAUUUCAUUCGAAACAUAUUGUGAACUUCUUUUAUGAGAACAUGCAAACAGAACAAUGUGGACGGCGAAACUUGCGUGGCGGCAUCUGCCGCGGCGCACGCUACCGGACACUGACUGGAGAAUGACCACAGCCCAGUUACCUCACAACGCAUUAAGUAAAGACCAUUGCCUGAACUGCCUCUGAACAUACGGACGUACAUGAGCAUCAUGACAUGCCAGUUGAGCAUCGCAGGGCCAACUACCUUCGCUUUUUUCACUGCGCUGUGCGCCUCUUGCGACCUUGUGGCGACUUGGUUGCGUGCUUCCGCUUGCUAGACGUUGGUGCUCGUUUGGGCUGGCCUGCCAGGUCUUCCCAGAACCUUGUCUUGUAGGCAGGCACAUGCGGAGCGAUAUGGCGCAGCGCUUUGGACACCUUCCCAGGCGCACCAGUCAUUUUCGAUGCCGGAAUGAACUCUGGUUGCUUCGUUGGGUCGAACGUCGUCAUUGUUAAGUCAUGCGCUCUGUACGACACUUGUUUGACGUUUACCUGUGUGAACACGAGGUCAGGACCCCGUCUGACCUGGAUGAGUCAAGUCUAGCCGCUGCAAAUUUGUAAAAGCAAAAAGCAAAUUUGUAUAGCACACGUUUUUCUCAAAAUCAUUUAUGAAAUAAUUUCACAAAAAACGUCGAGCAGUAUAAGUGAGAGAACCAUCAGAUGCAGCUUGUUUUGGGCAACCAAACGAUAUCAAAAACCUUUUUAGUCGAAAAAUGACAUACGCGGCUUUACCUUUGCACGGCAGCAUUGUCAACUGGGUAACGAAGACUGCACCGCGACAGAGCAUUGAUAAGUGUGGGCGUGGUAAACGGAAAUUAAAGCUAAUUAUUUGUCACCUUAGUCGAAAAAGUCACCUGAGGUUAGUACCUCUGACGUAAUUGGCAAGUUUGAUCGCUGAGACUGCUUCUUUGCGUUAUUCGCACCAACAUGGUGAGCCGUGGCGUUAGUGCCUUAGUCAGCUGGGCGUCGUUUAAUACGUAAUCGGAAGAACCCUUUCCCACAUCCUGCGCAUUGUGUUCUCCGGGGUCGCCGUCUCGUGCUUGCCCGUCCGUUGGCCGUGUUCUUAUGCAUCGACCAUGAGUAUUUAACAGAUGUUUGUCACGCUAACUUGCCCCAUAUAUCGAUGGGUCAACUAACGGUGCCAUGACGUCGAUGUUUUCUUCCACGCGGCUGUUGAUCGCCAGCGCUGUGAGUUCGCCGAGCAUGCCGAGCUUGUGAGUGUACAGCUGCCUGCCUGUAGUCGUUUGACGCCUCUGAAGUCCCGUCAUGCACGUGACGCCGCACCAGAUAGUUUUAUUAGCGGCUAUUUUGAGAUAGAUAAUAUCUGUCACCCGACCAUGUAGCGACAGUUUCCCCACGCGGGCGUAAUAAACGGCUGUACGCAUGAA